CACCAAAUCACCGACAGUCCGGAUAUCGGUUGGCCUGCACAAUAGCUAUGAGUCACCCAGGAGUGGUGUGUACUGGUGCAUUUUAGAACAUUAGAACAAUCCAAAAGUCGACAACAUAUGGACUUUGCAAAAACGGUGAAUACUGCCUUCGUAUUAAGGUUUCAAAAGAUAGCAAUUGGAAAAUAUUAAAAAGCUUCUUCAGCAACCUUGAAGGACUUGACCAUUUGCAGGAAAACUUGAAAUUAUUGACAACAUGAGGAGAAUGUAUAUCAAUGGUACCACAUCUGGAUACAAAGUAACGUAUAGCAGGAUUUCAAGAACACCUAGAAAUUCAAUAUCUCGAACAUUUUCUGAGAUUAUUUAUCGCCGUGGAAAUAGAUAUCGACAACCAAACAGUGAACCAGAAACAUCAACUACCAGUCAUGGUAGAAGAUCAGCGGUACGAACAGCAGUUCAACAUCCCCCAGUCAGCCAAGACCUUCAGGUGGAGGACAUAGAUUUUAACGUCUACAACAACAGCAAAGAUCACGUGACUGAUGAAUAUCAUAUAAGCGAGACUGGAAGAGAUUUGGUUGUGAGACGUGGACAACCAUUUGACAUAACCAUAGCAUUUAACAAAGACUAUGAUCCGAAGAAAGAUGAUCUCAAAUUAGUUUUCCUAGCAGGAGAUAAUCCAACGCCACCUAAAGGUACUCGAGUUACACUCAUCCUUUCUGACAAAGACGAGGAAAAAGAAUGGGGUGCAUGGAUAAUGAAAAAUGAGGACAAAGAACUUACAGUUAGGAUAAACACGCCUCCUACUUGUUACGUUGGAAUCUGGCAACUGCAAGUAGAAACUAUACAAAAGGCUGACAACAAGAAAGUUAUAUUCGAGUACACCCAUGACCAAGAUAUUUAUAUCCUGUUUAAUCCAUGGUGCAAAGAUGAUCAAGUAUACCAACCAGAUAGACAACUGUUGGACGAGUAUAUUUUGAACGACACAGGGAAAAUAUAUACUGGAAAUAGAAAGCAAAUCAAUGGCAAAAAAUGGAAUUUUGGCCAGUUUGAGGAAAACAUCCUUGACUGUGCCAUGAUGCUACUAGAUCGUAACAAUUUAGCAUGGACCGUAAGAGGAGAUCCAGUAAAGGUUGCCAGAAAAUUGUCAGCAAUUACCAACUCGCAGGAUGAUAAAGGAGUUUUAGUCGGUAAUUGGUCUGGAAGUUAUCAUGGAGGAAAAUCUCCUUUAGACUGGGCUGGAAGUGUGGCUAUCUUAAACGAAUAUUACAAGACAAAACAACCUGUACGCUUUGGUCAAUGUUGGGUAUUUUCAGGAGUAAUAACAACGCUUUGUAGAGCUCUUGGAAUUCCUGCCAGAAGUGUAACAAACUUUGCAUCUGCUCACGAUUGUGAUGGCUCAAUUUCAAUUGAUAGUUUUUGGUCAGAAUCAGGAGAACCGAUAGAAGAGUUGAACAGCGAUUCAGUAUGGAAUUUCCAUGUCUGGAAUGAUGUGUGGAUGGCCAGACCAGAUCUACCACCUGGAUACGGUGGAUGGCAGGCAAUAGAUGCCACACCACAAGAAGCCAGUGACGGUGUAUACUGCUGUGGUCCUGCUUCUUUACAUGCUAUCAAACGUGGAGAAGUAAACAUGCCAUAUGACACACCAUUUGUUUUCGCCGAAGUUAAUGCCGAUAGGGUCAAUUGGGAAUUGAAUGAAGUUGAUGAAACAAAUAAUGUUGGUCUGGAAAGACGUAGUGUUGGAAUGCGAAUCAGUACAAAACUACCCAAAGGAAGAACUGGCUGUGUUGAGGAUUUCUGUUAUGAUAUACAGAGGGAAGAUGUAACACGAAUGUAUAAACACGAAGAAGGAUCUAACGAAGAAAGAGCAGCUGUCUUACAGGCAAACCAGAGCUCAACAAAGCAAGGACUGUAUGAUGAAGGCAAACCAUCGGACGUAGAAUUUGAGCUUGUCGACAAAGAGACAGUUCCUUUAGGAAAUGAUUUUGAAAUCUUAUUGAAAAUAAAGAAUAACAGUGAUGAAGAACGCACUAUUUCCGGUUGUAUCAGCACGAGCAGUAUACACUAUACUGGUGUUCCAGCAAAUAAGAUCAAGACUGUACAGGUUACAGAAGAAAACGUUCGGGCAAAAUCAGAGAAAGUGAUCAGUGUGAAGGUGACAUUCAAUGAAUACUUCCCUCAACUAGUGGAACAGUGCCAUAUGAAAAUGUCAUGCAUGUGUAGAGUUUUGGAGACGAAGCAUACAUACGUCCAUCAAGAUACAUUCCGUCUGCUCAAGCCUGACAUUACAAUUAAGGCACCAGCUACCGGGAAGAUUGGACAACUAAUCAAAGCAAACGUUUCCUUUACAAAUCCAAUACCAUGUACUCUGACAAAUUGUUCGUUAACGGUGGAAGGGCCAGGGCUACAGGAACCUAAUGUACUAAAACAAAGCAUUGUAGCCAGUAAACAGACGUUUAUGGCAACCAUUGAGUUCCUUCCACGUAAGGCUGGCGUGAAGGAGCUAGUCGUCGCGUUUAAUUCAAGAGAAUUAGCAAUGGUGGAAGGAUCUUGUGAAAUUACUAUCAGCGCUUAAGUGAUUGAUCUUCUUGAUUUUCAUUUUGUUCUUUUAAGACAUAUUUUAGAAAUGCUUUAAUGUGAUUAAUUUUACACUUUUUAUAAUAUUUAAGGCAGCUUAUUACAUUUUUGAUACGCAUUGUAUUGGAUCAUAUAUAUGUAAAUGAAUGUGUUUUUAUUAGUUUAAAAAUAAAAUAUACUGCAGUUUA